GGGGGCAUUGGGGGCGUUGGAAACACCUGGUUCCUAAAGAGGAGAAACAGACCAAGCAAGUGGGAGCGGGUGUAGUUUACAGCCCUUGUGUGCGUGCGUGUGUGUCUGCGUGUGUGCGUACACGUGCGUUGAGAUGCGAGCGUUCCCCAGGAUGCUCCCCGUGCCUGGGCCCUCUUCAUUCCUUCACACACCCCCACCUCCGUUUCCAUUUUCUGUGUCCAGAGCUCUGUUCAGAACUCCUGCUGCCCUCAUUUGCUCUUGGCCCUUCGCGGCCUCCUCCCCCCACUUCCGGCCUCUGGGCCUGGCUCUCCAGCCCUUUCCAUCUGUCUGGCCUGAGAUUUCUGGUUGCCCGGCCUUUCUGCCUCUGUCCCCUGCCUCGGCCUUUGCACCCCUCCUGUGCCUCCCCUCCUCGCUGCCUUUCCCUCUCUGCUGGCUGAUGCUGGAUGCUGUCUCUCUCUUCCUCCCACGCACUCUCCUUCUUCCUCUCCCCGAUCCCCAGCUCAGGCUCUCUGGCCAGGAUGAGUCCUCUGCCUGGGUCAGCCGGCUCCCUUUCUCCAUGUUAACCCCCUUCCCUACUCAUCACUUCUGUCCUUUCCUCCUAUGCCUCCUCUCUCUCCUCCUCUUGGACACUUACCUCCAUGCAGAUUUCUUUCUGUACUCCCCCCCCCCCAUUGUUAUUCACCACCACCUGUUUCCCCUUCUUUUCUGUGCUCACAGUAUGUUUUCCCUUCUCCAGUACUGGGGAGGCCCUGUUUUUGAGAUCUUCCAUUCUCCAGGCCACUUCCCAUCUUCUUCCCCCUCAGUCUCCUCUUCUGGGGGUGUAUGCUGGGAGGAAUGGGGUGUACCAGGCUGGCUGUGGGAUUCAGGGGAACACUGGGGUCAGGGGUCAGAUUCUAGGAUCUUGUGGGAUGUCCUGGGAAGGGGGAGGUUGUUGACGUUUCACCAAGAAGAUGGAGAGGAGGUUCAGAUGGAGUUCCUGAGCCUGGGAAUGAGGAGGCAGAGGCUGGGCAGCAGUAGGUUCUGGGGUGAGAAGGAGGUGGUUGGAGAGGAGUUGGAGAGGGAAAUACCAUUCUCAUGCAGGUAGAAAAGUGGAAAGACAAGAGGAAGGUGAGAGGUCCUAGGCCAGGAGACAGGCAAGGAUGAGACGUGGAACCAGGGAGGAGGUUGAGCUGAUCGAGGGCAAGGAGAGGAGGAGAUGGGUGCAGAGGAUUCCUGUGGAAUGUUGGGGGCUGCAAGGACUAAGGAAAGAAGAUGCUUUUUUUCCCCUCAAGAUGGGGCCAUUCAGUCCCUGGGGAAGGGGAAGGGGAAGAGGAGCGAAGGUGGUUGUACAGAGGUAGGGAGACUUGGAGUCUGUGCCCAGGAAGCAGAGGGAAGUGGGUGCUGGAGGCCCUGGGUGUGGGAGGGAGGACCCAUGACAAGGCCUGAGCUGGGGGACAGGAGAAGCCUCAGUUUUCAGAGAGUUGAGAAUGAAGGAUUGUGAUUUGGGUAUAGAAUCUUGAGGGUCAGAGAAUGAAGUAAGGGAGAGUGUUUGGUGAUCUCUCUGAGGAAUCAUACGUUAGGAUGGAGGAUAAGAGCAGGAGACUGAUGCUGGAUGGGCCUGGACAGGGGCACAGGGCGGGGAAGUGGAUGGAGAAUGGAGGCUGGGGUUGGAAGAUAUCGGAUGGGGUGGAGAGAGGGGUGUUUUAUCUACAGCUACACAGAUGAGAUGAGAUGAAGGUAGUGGGGAUAAAAGAUGGAGCCUGGGGCAGGAAGUUCUAGGGUAAGGUUGGGGAUGGCAAUUGAAAACAGGCUGUGGGACAGAGGAUGGACAUGCAGAUGGGAUGUAGGCAGUCAGUGGCUAUUGGCUGGACAGUAGCAUUUGCUGAGAUUUGAAGGGUCAGAGGAUGGAUUUAAUAGAUUUAUGGGUAUGAAAUCUAUCACGGAGCUUGAAAAUAUGUAGUACUGACAUAUUGCAGUAGGAGAGAGGAAAGACCCCUUGGGAAGGAGAGAGCCAGGAGUCUGGGGAAUCCUUGAUGAGUGCCUCGCGCUUGGUAGGCUCCAAAUAAAUAUUUGUUUAAGGAGGAGACAGGUUGGGGACCCCGGAAGGAGGCUUUUGGCUGCCUUCCCCAUUGCUAUGGAAACGUGGCUUCGGUUGCCCUGGCAACUGGGGAAGCCCCUAGGACCGGCCUAAAGCGGCCCUGCCCUAGAAUCUAGAGACCCUGCUGUGUCGAGGCGACUGACGUCAGGGGCCUGGGCACACCCCACUUUAACCCUUUCCCGGAUGAAAUAGGGCAGGGGUGGGGGUAAGAGUAAUGAGAGGCUAGGACCCGGAUGUCUUUCACCACUCCCCUUUCCUGACGUUCUUUCCACUGCGUAGGGUGAGGGGCGUAGGGGAGGGAGGAAGGAAGGUUAUUCAGGAGGCGCUGAGCCCUCAAACCUCUUCAGCCUGGACUUCUUUCUGCCGAGCUACCUGGGGGGCGGGGCCCAGAGCAGGAGAGGCGGGGCUAGCGGACCAGAUUCUGCCUUUGGGAAUCUGGUCGCUCUUAGGCCACGCCCCAUCUCCCCCUCCCGUUGUCCUGGCGACAGGGCCUCCAGGAGGUGGGUCUCCCCAGGCCUUGGCUGGGCUUAGAUACCGUUGCUUGGCAACAGGAUCCCUAGAGGAAGGAGUAGAUUGAAUGGUGGGUGGGCGAGAAGAAGGGUGGGGCCUGCAUCUUGGGGAACCCCGGAUUCCGGGGGCCCAGGGUUUAGGGCACAUGUGUGUGAAAAUGAGGGGCAAGUCUGAGGGAGGGUUAUGAAAAGAUCUGGGUGUAGGUGGGUAGAUAGGGACAGGAAUGGGGUAGGACCUAGUGGACAGGAGCCCUGUGGUAUGUGUGUGUAGUACAUAAGGCAUGUAGCAUUCUGUGGUGUUACAUCCGACACCUCCACAUGCAGGGGGCCUGGG